UUGUUUGCUUUGUUGAAAAGUACCCACUUCACCAGCGGCACACUGCACCAAACUCCACCCAGGAUGAUGGAAUUGCCCACUUUCAGAAAUUGUAAGGACACUCAGAGGAGAAGACUCGAUUCACGAGAGUUUAAAGAAGAGGAAAAGAGAAAAAUAUAAAAACCCAUGUCAGACGUCAUGUGUGUGCAGCCCACUGCCACCCUCACACUCUCUCUCUCAAUCUCAUUCACUCCAUUCCUAGGUAAUUAUAGAGCCUGCCCAUUUCCCCGCCUAUUUUAGCGUUGUCCCUAGUUUAGAGGCCUCCCCAAUCUCUCCUUCCUUCUAACGGAAGCCUGUCUUAAAGCGCUUCACGUUAUUCGAUGCAGUCUGAGAAGAGAAGCGGUCACAGAGAAGGUGUGGGGAGAAUAAAUAAAUAUACUUAUUCCUCCUUCAAUCGUCCCUAUGUCUUAAGAGCCUAGGCUCCUCACGGGUUUGCCUUGAGAUUUGUCUCUCUCUCUCUUUUCUCUUCAUCUUUCCGCUCCCCCUUUUUAUCUCUCUGUGCCUCUCGAAACCAACCCAGACAGACACAUAUUCCCGCAGACAGGACAUCCAUUCACCCACCCAUCUUUUGCAUUUCAAGGCAUAAGUAGAGAACCCAACUGAACAAAAUCGUAUUUUUUUUUUCCUCCGCUCACUUCCAUUGCUAAUGACGGCUCUCAUGUAGAGAACCCAACUGAACAAAAUCGCAUUUUUCACCCUCUGUUCACUUCCAUUGCGCUAAUGGCGGCUCUGUAGAGAACCCAACUGAACAAAACCGCAUUUUUUACCCUCUGUUCAGUUCCAUAAUGGCGGCUCUAUAGAGAACCCAACUGAGCAAAAUCCCAUUUUUUUAAUUUCCCCCUGUUCAGUUGUUCCAUUGCAUUAAUGGCGGCUCUGUUGCUGGAUAAUUGCGAAGUAGGAAAUCAAAUGAUGCUGACUGUGGAAUCCCACAAGUCUGUUCCGGCGCCGUUUCUCACAAAAACGUAUCAACUCGUCGACGAUCCCGCCACCGAUCACAUCGUCUCGUGGGGCGACGACGACACAACCUUCGUCGUCUGGCGGCCGCCGGAGUUUGCCAGAGAUCUCCUCCCCAAUUACUUCAAACACAACAACUUCUCCAGCUUCGUCCGCCAGCUCAACACUUAUGGAUUCAGAAAAAUCGUUCCAGACCGCUGGGAAUUCGCCAACGAGUACUUCCGAAAGGGAGAAAAACACCUGCUGUGCGAGAUACACAGGCGGAAGACUUCCCAGGCGGUGUCACCCUCUGGUCACAUGAUGCCACUCAGCCGCUCAAUCUCUCCCUCCACUUCCGAUGAUCAAGACUGGUCGCCGCUCUCCACUCCGUUGUCGUCUCCCAGAGGAGUAGCGCCGCCAGGCGGAGGCGGCGCCGCCGGCGUGGGUGUCGGCGUUGGUGUGGGCGUUGGGAUGGGUUUGGGCGUUGGCAUUGGUAUUGGCGGCGCAUUCAUGUGCGCCGCUCAGCCAAUGAACAGCGCCGCCGCCGUCUCGGCUCUGUCCGACGACAAUGAGAGACUGAGGAGAAACAAUUCGAUGCUGCUCUCUGAGCUUGCACAUAUGAGGAAGUUAUACAACGACAUUAUUUACUUUGUGCAGCACCAUGUCAGGCUUCCUCCGCCGUCACACCAGCAGAGGCACCAAAUAAGCGCCGCCGCCGCCGCCGCUCCGCUUCUUCUAGAAGGCCACACGCCCACCACUCCCAGGAUCCUUGACACCACUACCUCUACUCUUCCGCCGCCUCGCUCAGUUUCCUCUCUCUUGAGCUUUGUUAAAGACUCUUUUCAUGCCAAUUCACCCAAUAUUAAGCCCAAUCCCUCCUCUCCAUCGCUCCCCAUUCCUCCCUCCGCCACCAAGAGUCCUCCUAAGCUCUUUGGUGUCCCUCUUCAUGGCAAGAAGCGCCUCCAUCCUGCAUCUUGGGAUGACCAAUCUUCUUCUUCCUCAUCUAAACUCCUAAUGCAGCCCUCCUGCAAAGUGUUGAAGACGGAAUUGUCACUGAAUCUUAUGCCUACCUCAUCUGCCUCGGAUGGAGCACCAGCAGAUCACUGAGCUGCUGCUGGAACUUAUUGAUUGUAAUGGAAAAAUGGAGCUCCUGCAAGAGAAAUCGGAUCAAAAUGGUGGCUGUGAUAUCUCUGACGAUCACAAAUCUUGAGUGUGAAGAAACACACAAAUGGAGCAGAAUGGAAAAGACAUGAGAGACAAAAGAUGAAAGAUGAAAGGGAGCAUAAAAUUCUGAGUGUGUUUUAGUGUUAAAGGCCAUCCAUUGAUCGUCUAAAGUUUCAGUGUUACUGUUUUGGACCCUCCAUCGUAAGGUAAUGCCAAGAAUAUUCAUUGAGUUGGGAGAUCCAACGUAUAUAUAUUAUCGAUCGAAUCCAGCAAGUAGUCAUGUAAAGGUAUGCACGUAUUGGGAAAUCUAUAUAUAGAAAAAACUUUCUGUAUCUGAUCGCACACAUUCCCACAAGCUUCGAGGAACUUAAAUGUACUGUCAUAUAUUUAAUUAAACCAUUUGUCUUGAAAGGAA